CCUACAUGCAACAAAGAGACUCCUUCUACUCGUUUAAAAUAUGGUCAUAAGUUUUCUUAUAUGAGUUCCCGUCGUUUUCUCCCAAUGAAUCAUAAAUGGCGUUUGAAUAAACGUUCUUUUGAUGGAACCAUUGAGAAAAGAUCAGCUCCAAAAAAAUUAUCUGGGAAUGAUGUGUUACUGCAAUUGAGGCUUCUUAAGAAAGUAAAAUUUGGUAAGACAAUGAAAAAGAAAAAAAGUGAUUAUGAUUUAAAUAGCCUCAAUUGGAGAAAGUGUAGCAUAUUUUUGAAACUUCCUUAUUGGAAGAAUAAUUUAUUGCGUCAUAAUCUUGAUGUGAUGCAUAUUGAAAAGAAUAUUUGUGAUAAUAUUAUUGGAACUUUGUUGGAUAUUGAAGGAAAAACAAAGGAUGGAUUGAACGCUCGUUGUGAUUUGAAAGAGAUGGGUAUAAGAAAAGAAUUGCAUCCAAUUAUGAAAGAUGGUAAAUGGGUUUAUCUAGCUGCAUGUUACACUUUAUCUAAAGUUGAAAAGCAGAAAGUACUCAAGUUCUUGAAAUCUUUGAAACUUUCAGAUGGUUAUUCAUCUAAUAUAGCCCGGUGUGUAAAUUUGAAAGAUGGUAAAGUUUUUGGAUUUAAAAGUCAUGACUAUCAUAUUUUAUUAGAGCAACUUCUUCCUUUGGCGAUUCGUGGAAUUGUUCCUAGUAAUGUCUAUGAUGCUAUUACAGAGUUUAGCAUAUUAUUUAGAGAGUUAUGUUCAAAAGUUUUGAAAAAAGAAGUGUUGGAGCGCCUUGAGAGUGACAUUCCGAUAAUUUUAUGCAAGUUGGAGAAAAUAUUUAACCCAGCAUUUUUUGAUGUUAUGGUACAUUUAGCAAUUCAUUUACCAGCAGAAGCUAAGUUAGGUGGACCCGUACAAUAUCGAUGGAUGUAUCCGAUUGAGAGGUUCUUGCGUGUCUUGAAAUGUUAAGUGUGUAACAAGAGUCAACCUGAAGGUUCUAUUGCUGAAGGUUAUAUUGUUGAGAAAAGCUUAAUGUUUUGCUCGAGAUACUUGCAUAAUGUCGAUAGUAAAUUCUCUCGUUGUAAAAGGAAUUCUGAAGGCAAUCAAGAUGAACCAUACAAUGGAUUGUCUGUGUUUGCACCAAGUGGAUAUCCUUUAUCAAAGGAUAAAGUUGCAUAUCUUAGUGACAAAGAGCGAAAGCAAGCUCAUCUUUUUGUAUUAAAAAAUUGUGAAGAAGUGCAACCAUUUUUACAUGAAUAUGAACAAGGAAGGCAUGAUAUGGAGUUCAAUGAUUGGUUUUAUCAUAAGGUUGUUUCAAUUCAGAUAAUUUACAAUAAGAUAAUUGGUCAACUUGAAGGUUGUGGGUUUGUGGAAUUUGUUUCACGUGUAGCUGCAGAAAGGAUUUCAAAGAAAUGCAAUGGGACACAAAUGGCUGGAACUGAACAAACUUUUAGAUUGAAUUGGUUUUCUGUUGGCAUUGGAGAAAUGCCAAAAAAUUAUACUAAUUAUUUUUAAUGAAAUAUUCAUGAUGUUUGAAUU